UGAGGCGCCAGGAGCCCCUUCCUAGACAAGGGUGCCGUCGUCCCGGGGCACCCCCUUCUCGAUCCACAGUCAACGUUCUGAAGGUUGUGAACUUUCUGAUGGUAUUGGAGAGCCAUGGCAGAUGAUAAAGUCGCCAUCUUGACCGAUGAUGAAGAGGAACAGAAAAGGAAGUACGUGCUUGCAGACCCCUUUAAUGGCAUUGCCCGGGAACCAGAACCACCUUCAAAUGAAACACCCUCCUCCACAGAAACAUCUGCUAUUCCUGAGGAGGAAAUAGACUGGAUAGAGAAACAUUGUGUUAAGAUAAACAACGAUCUUCUCAUUUCCAAGGUCUUUUAUUUUUUCUUUUACUCAGCCUAUGGCUCUCUCUACCCGCUUCUGCCUGUGUAUUAUAAACAGCUGGGAAUGUCACCAAGCCAGAGUGGACUGCUGGUAGGUAUUCGCUACUUCAUUGAAUUCUGCAGUGCUCCCUUUUGGGGUGUCGUUGCAGAUCGCUUUAAGAAAGGCAAAAUUGUCCUCCUCUUUUCUCUUUUGUGUUGGGUUUUAUUCAACCUGGGCAUUGGGUUUGUUAAACCCGCUACCUUGAGAUGUAUACCAAAGAUUCCCCCAACAGCUCACCCCACCAACACAAGUCACCCGUUAACCAUCCUGCCAACGAAUUCUUCUGUUAUCUCUUUGCUUACAUCACCAAAACUGCAUGAGAAAAGGGACGUGUUUUCUUCUGGUUGGCCACUAAUGUUAGAAACAGGGCCUAAUGUCUCAGAUACUGUUAUGACAUCAACGGCUCUGCACAAGACCAGUGAACCCACUCUGCAGCCCCAGACAGAUGAAAUUACUGACCAUAUGAUGGACUUGACCUUGAACUCAAGCACAGCAACCCCUGUCCCCCCAGGAAGUGUAACCAGGGAGACAACCACUGCUAUGGUCACGACCACCAAAUCUUUACCUUCUGACCAAGUUGCUCUUGUUUAUGAUCAACAAGAAGUUGAAGCUAUAUUCUUGGUGAUCUUGGUAGUUGUCAUAAUAGGAGAGUUUUUCAGUGCCUCUUCCGUCACGAUUGUAGACACGGUAACGCUCCAGUACCUGGGAAAGCACAGAGACCGCUAUGGCUUGCAGCGCAUGUGGGGCUCCCUGGGCUGGGGUCUGGCCAUGCUGUCUGUGGGCAUUGGGAUUGACUACACCCACAUAGAUGUGCUCAUCGACGGAAAGGGCUGUAAGUCCCCGGAGUACCGGAACUACCAGAUCGUCUUCAUUGUCUUUGGAGUUCUCAUGACCAUGGCCUUGAUUGUUGCCACGCAGUUCCGGUUCCGCUACAACCACUUCAAAAACAAUAAUAAAGGGAAAGAGGUGGAGAUCCCUCAGGUAGAGAGGAACAACUCCACAGAGUCCUCUGAGGAGACCCCAACUACCACAAGCCACUCACAGACCUUCAACUUCUGGGACUUGAUCAAGCUACUCUGCAGUGUGCAGUAUGGCUCAGUGCUGUUUGUGGCUUGGUUCAUGGGUUUCGGAUAUGGCUUCGUGUUCACCUUCCUCUACUGGCAUUUGGAAGACCUGAAUGGAACUACAACCCUCUUUGGGGUCUGCUCAGUCCUGAGUCAUGUGUCUGAGUUGACGGCGUAUUUUUUCAGUCACAAGCUUAUUGAAUUGAUUGGGCACAUCAGGGUCCUGUACAUUGGCCUGGCCUGCAACACAGCUCGCUAUAUCUACAUUUCCUACCUGGAAAACGCCUGGACUGUCCUCCCCAUGGAAGUUCUUCAAGGGGUGACCCACGCAGCCAUCUGGGCAGCGUGCAUUUCUUACCUGAGUGCGGCUGUCCCCCCCGAGCUGAGGACAUCUGCUCAGGGCAUCCUGCAGGGCCUCCACCUGGGCUUGGGGAGAGGAUGUGGUGCCAUGAUUGGAGGCGUGUUAGUCAAUUAUUUUGGGGCUGCUGCAACUUUCCGAGGAAUUGGCAUGGCCUGCUUGGUGAUCCUUCUGCUCUUUGCUCUGAUCCAGUGGCUGGCAGUGCCAGAUGAGGAGGAAGACAAGACCAUGUUGGCAGAAAGGAUUCCUGUUCCUUCCAGCCCUGUUCCCAUAGCAACCAUCGACUUGGUACAGCAACAGUCAGAAGAUGUCAUGCCACGCGUUGAGCCCAGACUUCCGCCCAAGAAAACCAAGCACCAGGAAGAACAGGAAGAUGUGAACAAACCAGCCUGGGGGGUCAGCUCUUCUCCUUGGGUGACUUUUGUCUACGCCCUCUACCAAAUUAAAGAGAUGAUGCAGCUGAUGAGAGACAGCCGUGCUUCUGAGAUCCAGCCUUUACAGGGGACCAAUGAGAAUCGAGAAAAUUCUCCAGCUGGUGGAGCCCGGCCUGUCCCAAGUGAGACUCACCCUGACCCAUCUAGAAACCAGCCAUCCCCCGACACAGCCACAUCUCAGUCACAGACCAGCCCUGCUAACCCCAGCGUGGACCCGCGUGUGGAGGAGCAGCGGGAGCAGCUGGCUCAGGGAGUCGUGGGGGGACACUGAGGGCAUCCUGCUCAUCUCACACCCUGCAUGAAACUGGGCUCCUCCUCCACCAGGACACGGGGCCAGGCCCCAGCCAGGAGCUGCCUCUUGGAGGAGCACAGCACCACAUUUGCUUCCAAACACCUCGACUCAUCCACAUGGACACACACACAGGGGUACAGUACACGUGGCGGGAAGAGGAACUUGCAGAGCCCUGUGGUGGCGACAGCAGGGAGGUGGAGUUCUGGGAGACGUUAGCACUUUGGUUGGUUAAGGACGGUGGUCUCUGCCAGUGUGGUCAGAGUUAAGCCAGCAGUGACACUUAAUAUGUAGAGGGAACGAAAGGGUUCCAAGGUGAAUAUUGGUAUCAUUUCCCUCUUCUGAUUAUUUAUUCUAAUUAUUUGGGUCUUAAUGCAAACUAGGAAGAAACAGAACAUAACUUUUGUUUUUCUUGAAGAGAACUAUUUAAAAAAAUUAAAGACAUAUUUAAAAAGUAACCAGAUAAAAGUAGUACAUUGUGCUUUUGUUUAAAAAAUAAAGUCAAAAGUUUCAUCAGGAACUUUGCAUAUCUCUAGCAGAUAUAUUUUUAUAUGUGUAUGGUAUAUAAUGAAAAUAGUCAAGUCUUCGAGCAACAAAAGGUGUUACUGACUACUGCAAGCUAAGCUGAGCUUUAAAAUACCUUUUGUUUUAAAUGGGCUUUGAGAAAGACCAGAAAUGAGGGAAUAUUUCAAAUAAACCAACUCAGUAUCUUGUGGCUUGAUAGAACAAGGGUUAGCUAAAUAUCUUGAUAUUGUAAAUAGCUUCUAUUGCUAUUUACUAUUUUAUAGUGGUCUGGGAUCUUAAUUAGCUGAUGGAAUGAAACAAACAAAAACCAAUGAUUUCCUAAGAGUUCCUUUAAUUAAGCAGUACUCUUUACGAAUAACAGUAUGAGAUUUAAGUGCCUGGGGGAGGGAUACAAUUUUUUAAAAUCACAUAAUUAGUCACUUUUGUUUCGUUUUUGGUGAGGGGAAAAAAAAAAGAUGGUAAGUAGAAAACAGGGAGUGGGAAGGAUGGCAUGAAGUGAAUACACUUUCCAAUGACUGAAGAAGGAAGUCUAUCCUUUCCCAUGAAGAACCAGGACACUGGACAUGUCGGAUGUAAGCAUGCAGCUGCAAACAUCACAGUGACAGGAGGAGCAGUGCUGGGGGCAUCACACAGAGAGCUUGCUGCUGAUUCGCAGGAAGAGGGGAGGGUGUGGAAAGGGAGCACCACUUUAGCUGAAGAAGGGCCAGCUACAUCAUGUGUGGCAGCCACAGAGGAGCACGGGAGAGAGUUAGAAAGGAGCCCCUUGCCUUGCCCUCUGGCCCAGACGAGACAGGCUCAGUUGUACAGUGAGGGCUUCUCCGUGAUGCCGCUGUUCUAACCUGUACAGCAUCUGGGGGAAGAGUCUCUAUGCUCAGAUGUCUGGCUUCACCACUCAACACAGCUUAAAAGUAAAACAACUAAAAGAAAUAGAUUUAAUCAAAUAGUUAUUUUUUGCACUUGAACUGAAAUGUACUGUACUGUAAGUUAUCAUGACUCAUUUUAAGUGACCUUUAAACCAGAUGUAUUUAUUAUGCUUGUGUAAUUAUAAAGAGAUGGGUGACAGGCUGAACUUCACCUAUGAAUGUACAGUAUGUGGAUUUGUGAAAAUGAUUGUAGAAGUCAAAAAUGUAUACUGUAUCUUGUGUUUACAGCUGAUUGUUCUUUUGAAAAGCCUGCUGUUUUGGAAAUGCACAGUUGACAUGUUAAAAUAAAAAUAAAUACCAUCUUAAAAUAACUCAUAAAGGAUAAAAAUGUGACCAAACAAAUAAAAGAAUUUACUUUGUAAUGCGUGAGACCACAUUCAACACACUGUUGUUAUGGAACGUUUACUGUGAUUGUGGAUUCAACAACACAGUCAUUCCCAGCCUUUUAAGCUGACACCUUCCUGGGUUUGUGGACUUUGUGACUUUUCCUUCCUGCCCUUGAAGUGCCAUAUGCUACUUUAAAAGAUAUUAAAGUGAGUUCAAAUGAAA